AUGCAAUUUGACGUGAAUAUACGACCGGAUGAUUACCUCCUUGUAGCCUGUUUUGUGGCUGCUCUCGCAGAUACUAUCAUCUCUGUUCAUGGUCUUUCCAGAAAUGGUCUUGGUCAAGAUGCAUGGCGUUUCAGCCCUGAGACGCUCACGACCUUUCUUUGCUACCUCUUCAUCGGCCAAGUUCUCUACGCAACAGUCAUGUUUGCCACCAAAAUAUGCGUGGCGUUGCUGUUUCUCCGCAUCUUUCCAGUCGCCAUGGUCCAGAGAUUACUGUGGGCAACGAUUGGCGUGUGCGCUUUGAGCUUGGUUCUGUUUGAUGUUUUGGCUAUUGUUCAAUGCCAGCCUAUCAGCUUAUUCUGGACCGGCUGGGACCAGCUACAUGAAGGUCAUUGCCUCGAAAUGCAGCCACUGGCAUAUUCAAUUGCAGGCAUAGGCAUUGUCCUAGAUGUUUGGAUGCUGGCAAUUCCUAUAUGGCAGCUUAUGCUUCUGCAAAUGAAGUGGCAGAGAAAGGUGGCUGUAGCUCUAAUGCUCUUUGUUGGUACUUUUGUUACUAUUGUGAGUGUUCUCCGUCUGCGUUAUCUGGUUACUUUUGGAAGUACAAAAAACCCAACCUGGGAUAGUUUCAGCCCAUGCUACUGGUCCGCGAUCGAAGUCAACGUUGGGAUCUGGUGUGCCUGUAUGCCGGAUCUUCGACUCCUUCUACUCAAGACCUUCCCGAUACUGAGAAGCAACACUAGCGCGAGUAGAGGAGCCCAGCGAGGAUCUGCCCCUCAGCAAGUGCAAAGUAGUUCUGGUGACCAAAUUGACAGGUCCAUCUACCGAAAAAAUGCUAUUCAGAUCCAACGGGAAGCGUCGUCGAGUGAGACCGAGUUGGUCGAGAUGGGCAAAUUUAGGAAUGGCGGUAAUGGUGGUGUCAGGAAUCACAGUCGAGACGAUGGAAGCUUUGUAUAG